AUGGCGGCCGAUAAGAAGAGCAUCAGUGAAACGCUCGCCCACAUUGUCGUCGAUCCAUCAUCUCCUUCCGAGAGUGAAAUUGUGCUUGAAGAGGAGGUCGACAAAGCGUUCGAACGCAAGGUCCUGCGCAAAGUCGACUUUUGGCUGGUCGGAUUCUACUCCAUGGUCUACAUCUUCCGAGUCAUCGACUCGUCCAACUACUCCAACGCGGCCAUCAUCAACCUCGAACAUGGCACCGGCAUCAAGAAGCAGCUACACCUCGACCCGUCCCAAUGGGCGUGGACUCUUUCCAUCUUCUCCUACAGCUACAUGAUCUUCGAGCCCACAAACACCGUGCUCCUCAAGACCUUCCGCCCGAGCAGAUGGAUGUUCGUCCUAAUUCUAGCCUGGGGCAUAUGCGCAUGUGCUGUCGCCGCUGUGCAGAACUUCCAGGGCAUGAUGUGCGCACGGUUUGCCAUCGGUCUGGCCGAGGCCGGCUUUUACCCGGCCGUGCUGUAUCACAUGGACUUCUGGUAUCGACCGACUGAAAUGCCCUGGCGGAUUGCCCUGUUCUACUCUGUCGGACAGCUUUCCAGCGCCCUAAGCGGUCUGCUCGCAUAUGCCAUCUCGUUCAUGGACGGUCUCGCUGGUCUCCCCGGAUGGAGAUGGCUGUUCCUCCUUGAAGGGCUCCCUGCGAUCAUCCUCGCUUUUGUCGCCCUCUUUGGUCUUCCUGACUAUCCACAAACAGCCCGGAUGCUGAACGAGAAGGAACGCUUAUUCAUUGAGCGGCGCUUGGCCGAUACCGCCCCGUCUGGCAGACACGGCCACUGGGACUGGGCAUCCCUCAAGCGCCUUUUUGCCGACCCCACGGUCUACACCUUCGGCCUCUACUGGAUUGCCCAUGGCAUUGGGGGAUUCGGCGUCGGAUACGCACUCCCAACUGUCAUCUACUAG